AUGAACCCCAGAAUACUCCUCGGGCUGCCCCUGCCGGCUGCUGGAAUGGCUCUCAUCAUGCUCUGUGUUUGUUAUGUUGUCUAUUAUAGCUAUCUCCACCCGCUUUCGAAAUACCCCGGCCCUUUCUGGGCUAAGCUCACCAAUUUUUGGAAAGUUUACCAGUACUGGUCUCGUGGAUUCCACCACCGUAUGCUAGAAAUGCAUGAGAAAUAUGGCCCAGUCGUCCGUAUUGGUCCAAAUGAUGUCUCGUUUAGCAACAAAGAGGCAAUUGGUCCCAUCUACAAGUCCGGAGGCCGUUUAAUGCCAAAGGCUCAAUUCUAUGAUGCUUUUACUGCCUUUGAGCCGAACUUAUUUGGGACAAGGAACGAAAAUCAUCAUUCCCUGCGUCGGCGACAGCUUGCUCACGGGUUUUCAGUUGCUUCACUGAAGCAAAUGGAAGCAACCUUCGAUAUUCACAUCACCAACCUGGUAGAAAGAGUUCGCCAAGCUGCUGAGACAGGGCUGCCGCUUGACCUUAAAAGUGCUUUCGCAUUUUAUGGAUACGAUGUGACAGGCCAACUAGCUUUUGAUACUGAGUUCAGUACUCAAUCAAGGCAUGACCCAACAGAGUUGCCGCCACUGAACGACCAUUUCCUUCUUGGCAAUGUUUAUGGUUCAGUAGCAAACCUCUUGCCCCAGAUUAAAAUCUGUACCAGCUGGAUUCCAUGGGUUCGAUCCUUGCAGCAGAGUCGUAAGAAGUUGGCUCAGACUGCAUCAGACUGCGUCCGUCACGCAAUUGCCAACCACAAGAAAGAUGGGCCGGCCAGGACACUUCUCACAUCGCUGAUUGACGCGAAGGAUCCCGAGACUGGGGCCACUCUCUCUGUUUCAGAAAUAAACUCUGAAGCUUUCGGGUUUCUUGUCGCUGGCUCACAUACUACAGGGAGCAGUUUGACACUUCUGUUCUAUCAUCUACUUAGCAAUCCUGGAGUGAUGGCUACUGUGGUCAAGGAAAUGAACGAUAACCUCAUCUCUCUAGACAGUGGUAGUGUCCAUGAGUUCAGUGGCUUGGAAGCGAAGCUUCCAUACACGAUGGCAUGUCUGCGUGAGAGCUUUAGAAUCAGUCCUAUCAGCGCCCAUCUUAUUCCUCGCUGUGUGAAUGCCGCUGCCGGCUUGCAAAUUGGUGCCGAAUUGAUUCCGAAAGGGACAAAUUGUACCAUCGUCAAUCAUGUUCUUCAUCACAAUGCUGACAUCUGGGGCUCAGAUCACAACGAUUUUGAGCCUGGUCGCUUCUUUCCAGACUCCUCACGUUACGACCCCGGGAAUGCGAGUCUCCUCCUCCAUUUUGGCAUUGGUCAUCGGCAGUGUAUAGGUCGAAAUAUUGCACUUCUAUCAAUCUGGAAGAUUCUGACCACACUAUUAAUGAACUAUAAGUUUGAUAUCAUAGAAAAAGAAGAGGAGCUAGUGAUGCUAAAUUUCGGCGUGACGGAAAAGAGGGGCCCCCUUCUGGUGAAAGUCGAGUACAGGGUGAAGACUGGAGAGUAG